AGUGACAAUAAUGACAAUAGUGACAACGGUCACAACGGUGACAACAGUGAUAAUGGUGACAACUGUGACAACGGUGAAAAUGGUAACAACAGUGACAACAGUGACAACAGUGACAACAGUGACAACGGUGACAACAGGGACAACUGUGUCAACGAUGACAACAGUGACAACAGUGACAACAGUGACAACGAUGACAACAGUGAUAACAGUGACAACAGUGACAACAAUGACAACAGUGACAACAGUGAAAACUGUGCCAAAGUGACAUCAGCGACAACAGUGACAACUGUGCCAAAGUGACAUCAGCGACAACAGUGACAACUGUGACAACGGUGACAACGGUGACAACAGCGACAACAGUGACAACGAUGACAACAGUGACAAAAGUGACAUCAGUGACAACGGUGACAACAAUGACAAGAGUGACAAUGGUGACCUCAGUGACAACACCGACAACAGUGACAACGGUGAGAAUACUAAGAACAGUGGCAACGAUCACAACAGUGACAACAGUGACAAUGGCGACAACACUGACAAUGGUAACAACACUAACAAUGGUGACAACAGUGACAACUGUAAAAAAGGGUGACAAAAGUGACAACAGUGACAACGGUGAAAACAGUGAUAACUGUUACACGGUGAAAACGGUGAAACCAGUGACAAUAAUGACAACAGUGACAACGGUGACAACGGUGACAACAGUGAUAAUGGUGACAACUGUGACAACGGUGAAAAUGGUAACAACAGUGACAACAGUGACAACAGUGACAACGGUGACAACAGGGACAACUGUUACAACGAUGACAACAGUGACAACAGUGACAACGGUGACAACAGUGACAACGGUGAGAACUGUAACAACAGUGACAACGGUGAGAAAAGUGACAAUAGUUACACCGGUGACACAGUGACAACAGUGACAACAGUGAAAACGGUGACAACAGUGACAACAGUGACAAUGAUGACAACAGUGAUAACAGUGACAACAGUGACAACGAUGACAACAGUGACAACAGUGACAAUAGUGAAAACGGUAACAACAGUGACAACGGUGACAACUGUGGAAACGGCGACAACAGUGACAACGGUGAAAAUGGUAACAACAGUGACACUAGUAAAAACAGUGACAAGAGUGACAACGGUGACAAUGGUGAUAACAGUGACAACGGUGACGAAAGUGACAACGGUGACAACAGUGAAAAAAGUGCCAAAUAUGACAAUGGUGACAAUGGUAACAACGGCGAAAAUGCUAACAACAGUGACAACAGUAACUACUGUGACAAAAGUGACAACAGUGACAACGGUGACAACAGUGACAACAGUGACAACGCUGACAACGAUCACAACAGUGACAGUAAAAGUGCGAAAAAAGUGACAAAAGGGACAACAGCGACAAUUGUGACUGUGAAAACGGUGAAAACAGUGACAAUGGUGACAACAGUGACAACGGUCACAAAGAUGACAACAGUGACAACAGUGACAACAGUGCGAAAGUGACAUCGGUGACAAGAGUGACAAUUGUGCCAACGGUGAAAACAGUGACAAGACUGAAAAUAGUGACAACAGUGAAAACGGUGACAACAUUGACAACGGUGACAACAAUAACAACAGUGACAAAGGUGACAACAGCGACAACAGUGACAACCUUAACAAAAGUGACAACGUUGACAACAGUGACAACUGUGACAACGGUGACAACAGUGACAACAGUGGCAACGAUAACAACAGUGACAAAAGUGACAAUGGUGACAAUGGUGACAACAGUGAUAACUGUGACACGGUAAACGGUGACAACAGUGACAAUAGUGACAACAGUGAUAACGGUGUCAACGGUGACAACGGUGAUAAUGGUGACAACAGUGAC